AAAAUAAAAUAAAAAUAUGUUAUUUAGCUGAUGUUAAAAAAAGCAAGAUAUUUUGUCAAAUCUUUGAUAGGACAGAGAGAGAGAGAUAGGGUAGGAGAGGGGACUUGAGCCACUCACUGACUCACUCAGGCGUUUAGAAGAGCAAAUUUCAGUGGAAAAAAGGGAAGAAAAAACAGCUAAAAUGGCUUUUCUGCAAAGCACAAAUGUAAAUAGCACCAUUUUAUGCAAAAAGGGAGUGAUUUCUCAAGUGGGUAUUUUGUCUAUUCCGUUCUCGCUACCCAGGGCCACAACAAUUCAAGGUUUCCUGAGAGAAGCGAUUGGAGGGCUUGACUGAAGCAGAGUUAGAAGCAUUGCUCGAACAAGUGGAGGAAGAGAAGAGACGCCUGGCUAGUGGCGAGCAGAUCAACUAAAACUUGUACAAACAGGAAAUUUAUACACAAAUUUCAUAGAAUGAUGCUGAUUAGAUUCCAUCAUCGUCGUUAUGGAUAUGUUACCUUUGCGGUAUAGAAUCUGAAAAUUGUUCAGCAGCUAAUUUGUAACUAACUACAAAAAGUUGGUUAUUGUUACCCAUUUGAGAGGACAGAGAGUUGUACCAAUGGAUUUAUAGUUGGAAUUCAUUUGGAAGAAAAAGACAACAUUAGUCAAUUGCUGGCA